AUGUUAAUGACGUCAUAAGUGAGCGCCAGCACGCUGUCGCUCUCAUCACGACCUUUGCUGUGGCUAUAGUAGGAAACAGUAAUUUAUAUAUCUGUAUAUAUAUAUAAAACAGUUUUAUGAUGUUUAUUUAUGAGUGAAUUAUUGUUCGGAAUAGUUUUAGUGAAAGUACUGGACACAACGAUCGGAGAUGUUUCGUUUGUCUCUGCUGGUUUGUAGCAGAGGAGUCGCUCAAAGGUUUUCCUCCUCAUUUUCUAGUGUGAACAACCUGCCUCCAAAUCUACUGCUGCCCUCCAACCUGGUGGAUCCUGAUCGAUUAAAGCGACCCCCUCCCUCUGCAGACUGCUCCCUGCCCCUGCUGAGACAGUGUGAUGCUGUGGUUCCUGCUCACCUGAGCCCCAUCCACACCUGGGUAGAGAGUCUAGAAGAUGUAGACAGUGAGCCGUCGGGCGUUGCUGAGCUUCACCCUGACGUCUUUGGGGUACCACCCAGACUCGACAUCCUCUACGAUGUUGAAAAGUGGCAGAGAAAUUUUAAGCGAAUCAGCCAUGCUCACACUAAGGUGAGGUCGGAGGUCAGGGGAGGAGGCCGGAAACCCUGGAAACAGAAGGGCAGCGGACGAGCUCGACACGGAAGCAUCCGGUCACCGCUGUGGAGAGGAGGUGGAGUCAGCCAUGGACCCAGGGGACCCACCAGCUACUACUACAUGCUGCCCAUGAAGGUGCGAGUACAGGGACUGAAGGUGGCGCUGAGCUCCAAGUUGACGCAGGAGUACCUCCACAUCGUGGACUCCCUGGACAUCCCCACCCCAGACUCUCAGUUCCUCAUGGACCUGAUCAGACAGAGACACUGGGGACACUCAGUGCUAAUAGUUGAUGUAGGUGAAGAGUUUCCAGAAAACAUUCUCCAGGCCACUGCCAACCUGAAGACGGUGAACAUUAUCCCAGCCAUCGGCCUGAACGUCCACAGCAUGCUGAAGCACGAGUCGGUCGUCCUCACUCUCCAAGCCGUCAAGUUCCUGGAGGAGAAGCUGCUGUGGCACGACGAGCGCUUCGCUCCUCUGUACCCGUUCAACCUGCCCUACUCUGACCUCCCCUGAAGAACCUGGUAUUUACUGUAACAUAUCCACUCGCUGCAGACAACCUGCUCUUUUUUUUGUAAAUGUGUUUAUUAAGUUCAUUAUCAAAAAGAUGAAUAAAUAACAAGUGAUCCAAAAAAAA